GGCCGGUGAGCAGGCAUGACUGGGUGCUGGUGCCAGGGAGGGCGAUGGUCUUGGUGUGGGGGCAGGACAGCUGACUCAGGAGGCAGUUUGGAGGGCAGGUCGGGAACCGUAAAAGCCAAGCCCUUUACGCAGCUGGUGAAGGACAUGCAGCUCCGGCGAGAGGACUUCGAGAUCAUCAAAGUCAUCGGGCGGGGCGCGUUCGGUGAGGUUGCUGUUGUCAAAAUGAAGAACACUGAACGAAUUUAUGCCAUGAAAAUCCUCAACAAGUGGGAGAUGCUGAAGAGAGCAGAGACGGCGUGUUUCCGGGAGGAGCGCGACGUGCUGGUGAACGGGGACUGCCAGUGGAUCACCACCCUGCACUACGCCUUCCAGGACGAGAAUUACCUGUACUUGGUCAUGGAUUACUACGUGGGUGGUGACCUCCUGACCCUGCUCAGUAAGUUUGAAGACAAGCUCCCGGAGGACAUGGCGCGGUUCUACAUCGGGGAGAUGGUGCUGGCCAUCGACUCCAUCCACCAGCUCCACUACGUGCACAGGGACAUCAAACCCGACAACGUCCUCCUGGACGCCAAUGGGCACAUCCGCCUGGCCGACUUCGGGUCGUGUCUGAAGAUGAACGAUGACGGGACGGUGCGGUCGUCUGUGGCCGUGGGCACACCGGACUAUAUCUCGCCGGAGAUUCUGCAGGCCAUGGAGGACGGCAUGGGCAAGUACGGCCCCGAGUGCGACUGGUGGUCGCUGGGCGUCUGCAUGUACGAAAUGCUUUAUGGGGAAACGCCCUUCUACGCGGAGUCGCUUGUGGAGACCUACGGAAAGAUCAUGAACCACGAGGAGCGGUUCCAGUUCCCAUCCCACGUCACAGAUGUGUCUGAGGAGGCGAAGGACCUCAUGCAGAGGCUGAUCUGCAGCAGGGAGCGCCGGCUGGGCCAGAAUGGGAUUGAGGACUUCAAAAAGCACCCCUUCUUCCAAGGGCUGAACUGGGAAAACAUACGGAACCUGGAAGCACCUUACAUUCCCGACGUGAGCAGUCCUUCUGACACGUCCAACUUCGACGUGGACGACGAUGUGCUGAGGAACAUCGAGAUGCUGCCUCCUGGCUCUCACACGGGUUUCUCUGGGCUGCACUUGCCGUUCAUCGGUUUCACGUUCACCACGGAAAGCUGCUUUUCCGACCGAGGCUCUCUGAAGAGCAUGAUGCAGUCCAGCACCUUAACCAAGGACGAGGGCGUGCAGCGGGACCUGGAGAGCAGCCUGCAGGCCGAGGCCUAUGAGCGGAGGAUCCGGAGGCUGGAGCAAGAGAAACUGGAGCUGAGCAGGAAGCUGCAAGAGUCUACGCAGACCGUGCAGUCCCUCCACAGCUCGGCUCGGGGCCUGGGCGGUGUGGCCCGAGAUAAAGAGGUGAAAAAGCUGACCGAGGAGAUCGAGCGCCUGAAGAAUAAAAUAGCAGACUCGAACAAGCUCGAGCGACACCUGGAGGACACAGUGGCGCUUCGCUCGGAGCAGGAAGGCCCCGCGCUCCGGCUGAAAGGCCUGGAGAAGCAGUACCGCGCCGCACGGCAGGAGAAGGAGGACUUCCACAAGCAACUGGUCGAAGCGUCCGAGCGCUUGAAGUCACAGGCCAAAGAGCUGAAAGAUGCCCACCAGCAGCGGAAGCUGGCCCUGCAGGAGUUCUCGGAGCUCAGCGAGCGCGUGGCCGAGCUGCGCGCUCAGAAGCAAAAGGUGUCCCGGCAGCUCCGCGACAAGGAGGAGGAGGUGGAGGCCGCCAUGCAGAAGGUCGACUCCAUGCGGCAGGAGGUCCGCAAAUCCGAGAGGCUGAGGAAGGAGGUAGGAGCGUGGGCGCGGCUGCACGAGUGGGCUUUCGUUGAGAGCUUCUCCAAGCAACUUGAAAGCGAGCUCGAGGCCCUGAAGGGAAAGCAAGGGGGCCGGGGACCAGGGGCCUCCUUAGAGCAUCAGCAAGAGAUUUCCAAAAUCAAGUCUGAGCUGGAGAAGAAGGUCUUGUUCUACGAAGAGGAGCUGGUCAGACGCGAGGCCUCCCACGUGCUGGAGGUAAAAACUGUGCGGAAGGAGGUGCAUGACUCCGAGAGCCACCAGCUGGCCCUGCAGAAGGAGAUCCUAAUGUUAAAAGACAAAUUGGAGAAGUCCAAGCGAGAACGGCUCAGUGAGGUGGAGGAGGCAGUGGGCACCGUCAAAGACAAGUUCGAGCGAGACCGAGCCGUGCUGUCGGAGGAGAACAAGAAGCUGGCCGCCGAGAAGGAGAGGCUUUGCUCCUUCGUGGACAAGCUCACAGCUCAGAACAGGCAACUGGAGGACGAGCUGCAGGACCUGGCAGCCAAGAAGGAGUCGGUAGCCCACUGGGAAGCGCAGAUCGCCGAGAUCAUCCAGUGGGUCAGCGAUGAGAAAGAUGCGCGGGGCUACCUCCAAGCUCUGGCUUCGAAGAUGACGGAAGAGCUCGAGGCGUUGAGGAGCUCCAGCCUGGGGUCGAGAACACUGGACCCGCUCUGGAAGGUGCGCCGCAGUCAGAAGCUGGACAUGUCCGCGCGGCUGGAGCUGCAGUCGGCGCUGGAGGCCGAGAUCCGGGCCAAGCAGCUGGUUCAGGAGGAGCUGAGGAAGGCCAAGGACUCGAACCUCUCCUUUGAAAGUAAACUAAAGGACUCGGAAGCCAAAAAUAAAGCAUUAUUAGAAGAAAUGGAAAUUUUGAAGAAGAAGAUGGAAGAAAAAUUUAGAGCAGAUACUGGACUCAAACUUCCAGAUUUUCAGGAUUCUAUUUUUGAGUAUUUCAACACUGCACCGCUUGCACAUGACCUGACUUUCAGAACCAGCUCAGCUAGUGAGCAAGAAACACAAGCUCCAAAGCCAGAAGUGUCCCCAUCCACAUCCAUGGCUGCAAGCACAGAGCAGCAGCAGGAGGACAUGGCUGGGGCCCCGCAGAGGCCGCCCGCCGGGCCGCCACCCGCCUCGCAGGCCCUCGCUCUGUCUGGACCAAAGCCCAAAGCCCACCAGUUCAGCAUCAAGUCCUUCUCCAGCCCCACUCAGUGCAGCCACUGCACCUCCCUGAUGGUGGGGCUCCUCCGCCAGGGCUACGCCUGCGAGGUGUGCUCGUUUGCCUGCCACGUGUCCUGCCGAGACAGCGCUCCCCAGGUGUGCCCCCUCCCUCCCGAGCAGGCCAAGCGGCCCCUGGGCGUGGACGUGCAGCGGGGCAUCGGGACCGCCUACAAGGGCUACGUGAGGGUCCCGAAGCCCACGGGUGUGAAGAAGGGGUGGCAGCGGGCCUACGCUGUGGUCUGCGACUGCAAGCUCUUCCUGUACGACCUGCCCGAGGGGAAGUCCACGCAGCCCGGCGUGGUCGCCAGCCAGGUCCUGGACCUCAGAGAUGAAGAGUUCUCGGUGAGCUCAGUCCUGGCCUCUGACGUCAUUCAUGCUUCACGACGAGACAUUCCGUGUAUCUUCAGGGUGACGGCCUCUCUCUUAGGUUCACCUUCUAAGACCAGCUCACUGCUCAUUCUGACAGAGAACGAGAACGAGAAGAGGAAGUGGGUUGGGAUUCUGGAAGGACUGCAGUCCAUCCUACAGAAGAACCGCCUGCGAAACCAGGUGGUGCACAUCCCACAGGAGGCCUACGACUCCUCGCUGCCGCUCAUCAAGGCCGUGCUGGCAGCCGCCGUGCUGGAUGGCGACAGGAUUGUGGUCGGCUUAGAAGAAGGGCUCUACGUCAUCGAGGUGACCCGUGAUGUGAUCGUCCGCGUCGCUGACUACAAGAAAGUCUACCAGAUCGAGCUCGCCCCCAAGGAGAAGGUCGCCGUGCUCCUCUGUGGCCGGAACCACCAUGUCCACCUCUGCCCGUGGUCUGCCUUCGACGGCACAGAAAGCAACGUGGACGUCAAGCUUCCGGAAACGAAGGGCUGCCAGCUCCUCGCCACGGCGACGCUGAAGAAGAGUGCGGCCACCUGCCUGCUCGUGGCGGUGAAGCGGCUGGUCCUGUGCUAUGAGGUCCAGCGGACCCGGCCUUUCCACAGGAAGGUCACGGAGCUCACGGCCCCUGGCAGCGUGCAGUGCAUGGCCGUGCUCAAGGACAAGCUCUGUGUUGGCUACCCUUCGGGGUUCUCUCUGUUGAGCCUCCAGGGAGAUGGGCAGGCCCUGCCGCUGGUAAAUCCCCAUGACCCCUCGCUUGCGUUCCUCUCACAGCAGUCUUUUGACGCCCUUUGUGCUGUGGAGCUCAAAAGCGAGGAGUACCUGCUUUGCUUCAGCCACAUGGGACUGUACGUGGACCCACAAGGCCGGAGGUCGCGCACGCAGGAGCUCAUGUGGCCUGCGGUGCCUGUUGCCUGUAGUUGUAGCCCCUCGCACGUCACCGUGUACAGCGAGUACGGGGUGGACGUCUUCGACGUGUGCACCAUGGAGUGGGUGCAGACCAUCGGCCUGCGGAGGAUCAGACCGCUGAACACGGAGGGCACCCUCAACCUGCUCAGCUGUGAGCCUCCCCGCCUGAUCUACUUCAAGAGCAAGUUCUCGGGAACCGUGCUCAAUGUGCCCGACACCUCAGACAACAGCCGGAAGCAGAUGCUGCGGACCCGGAGCAAGAGGCGGUUCGUCUUCAAGGUGCCGGAGGAGGAGAGGCUGCAGCAGCGGCGGGAGAUGCUUAGAGACCCAGAAUUGAGAUCCAGGAUGAUCUCCAACCCGACCAACUUCAACCACGUGGCCCACAUGGGCCCGGGCGACGGGAUGCAGGUGCUCAUGGACUUGCCCCUGGUGAGUCUCGGGGGCAUGCUCCCGUCCCCUCCUGCCGCAGGGGGGCCCCCACCCUGCCGGCCUUUCUUCACUCUGCUCUGGGCCGGCGGCUACGCGGCAUCCGGCUACCGCCGCCUGCGUCUCCUGCCUGGGACAGCCCCGGCCGCCCUUCACGUGGCUGACCAGUGUUCUCUAGGGGCUCCUGGUGGGUUUGUGUUGAUCCACCCGGAUUCCGAUUCCACCAAACACUCAACUCCUUCCAACAGCUCCAACCCCAGCGGCCCGCCAAGCCCCACCUCCCCCCACAGGAGCCAGCUCCCCAUGGAAGGCCUGGAGCCGCCGGCCUAUGACGCCUGAAGCCGCCGGCCACCACCUCGUCACCACGGGCCCAGGAGCCGCAUGGCUCCAAUGCCAGUGCCAAGAGCGGACCCCCUAGUGUUGUCCACGGAGAUGCAGAAUGACUUGUAGAUGAGACGCAGAAAACUCUAUUGUAACGUGACCGUUCAUGCCACGCUGCUCGGGGCCGUGCACCUGACCCUUCGUCCCCACCAGACGGGUGGGAAGGUGCUGGGCCCGCAAGGCCGCCGCUCAGACCCCGCAGCCCUGGCGCUCUGCUUGGGAGGCAGGCAGCU